AUGUCUGACGUUUCGAUUGAGUUCAUCUCGACUGGCAGGGUCAAGAUGAGAGAACCAAUGAGCGGACAACCCAUCACCAACAGGAACACUACGCUCCGCCUACUCCGCUCCUUCACAGGAGAGUGGACACCAUGGAUGCCCAUUGGCGUCUUCCUCAUCAAACACCCCGAUGGGCCCAUCUUGAUCGAUACCGGAGCGUCACCUCAAUGCACGGAACCAGGGUAUUUUCCAACUUUGAGCUAUCUCGCCACGGUGCUCAACCAGCUUGAGGUGGAACCAGAAGAUGGCGUCGUGAGCCAAAUGGAAAAGCUUGGUGUGCGUCCAGCAGACUUGCAGGCUGUGGUUCUCACACAUCUACAUCACGAUCAUGCUGGUGGCCUGAAGGAAAUCGUUGAGGCUGCCCCGAAUGUGCCUGUCUUCAUCAGCACUACCCACUGGGAGGCCUUCGGAAAGCACCCUACCUAUGCUGCUAUGCAAGGUUGUGCUUCCAACCAUUGGCCAAAGCAGUUCAAUCUAAAGUUACUGAAGUUUGAUGGAGAGCCGGUCGGGCCAUGGAGUCGGUCAGAGUCCAUCACAGCCGACGGAGCAGUUGUCGCAGUAGAGACACCGGGACAUGUUCCGGGGCACCUCUCUGUGAUUGUGAAAGGCAGCAGCUCAAGUACAGAUGACGCUGAGAAGUACUUCAUUACAGGCGAUGCUACGUACAGUUUGGAGUUGUUGGAAAGAGGGGAGCCGGAUGGCAUUAACCAGGAUCCAAUGACCGCGUUUAAGAGCUUACAGCUCAUCAAGGAGUUUUCAAGGCAGGAAAAGGUGGUCCUUCUGGUUAGCCAUGAUGUAAACACGGCUGCAAGGUUGCGAUUGAAGGAGCUAUACCAUCCGAAGGAGUGA